AUGACGUCUCCGUUUCGCAUCGUGGAACAUGUCAUUCCCGGGCAGUAUUUGAGAGAGUACCCCCGAGCAACAUCAACCUCGCAAGAAGAGACAUUGCAUCUCGCUGUAAAGCAAUAUAUCCCAUUGGACAACCCUGAACCACAGCCGGGAGACGUGACUUUUAUUGCUGCGCAUGCGAAUGGAUUUCCAAAGGAGCUCUACGAACCAUUGUGGGAAGACAUAUAUGGCCAAUCACAGAAACAUGGGUUCAGGAUACGCAGUAUCUGGAUGGCUGAUGUAGCGCAUCAAGGUCAGAGCGGCGUGAUCAAUGAAAAUAAGCUUGGGAAUGAUCCAAGUUGGUUUGAUCAUUCGCGGGACUUGUUACAUCUCAUCAAUCUCAAGCGCGAAGAGAUGCCGCGCCCGAUAGUAGGUGUUGGUCAUAGCAUGGGCGGCGCACAAUUGACAUAUCUAUCACUUCUGCAACCCCGCUUAUUCCACAGCCUAGUACUUCUAGAUCCCGUUAUUCAAAAUGAAUCAACCCAAUUUCCCGACAAAUUCGAAGGCCGCUUUGUCCCCAUGAACACUAUCCUCUCAACGCAUCGACGCGACAUCUGGCCAUCCAGGAAAGCAGCAGCAGAGGGCUUCAAACGAAGCCCAUUCUACAAAGCAUGGAAUCCGCGCGUGGUUGAUCGAUGGGUAAAAUACGGCCUUCGCGAAUUACCAACUGUCGUUCAUCCAGAUGAGUCAAAACACAAAGUGGCAGGGGAUGAUAAGCCUGUUACUUUGGCCACGACACGGCAUCAGGAAGUGUUCACAUUUUCGAGGCCAAAUUAUGAUUAUGACCGUGAGAAGGAGAAACCCGCCGAUAGGUUUGAUACGCCAGAUCUUUUACCCGGAGGACCAAAUACAUUCCCGUUUUAUCGGAUGGAGCCGAAUUUCGUCUUUAGUCAAUUACCGCGAGUCAGACCUAGUGUUUUGUAUAUAUUUGCGGGGCAGUCGUUCAUGUGUCUACCGUCCAUGAUGAAGGAUAAAAUGGACAAUACGGGCGUUGGACAAGGUGGAAGCGGCGGUGUCGCAGCCGGGAGAGUCAAGUCAGUCUAUCUCAAGGACAAGGGUCAUUUACUGGCGCAAGAAGCGGUCGAAGAAUGCGCGCAGGCAGCAGCAGAGUUUUUCGGGAGGGAAUUGCAGCGUUGGAGAAAGGAAGAGGAAGUGUUCCAGAAGAUGUGGGGUGAGAAAUCGCAGGUUGAGAAGUCKACUUUUGAUGAGAGGUGGUUGAAGGAGGUUGGUCCGCCGCCUGCGAGGGCUGCGAAGACUACGGAUGGAAAUUCUAAGCCGAAGCUGUAA